AUGCUUCGUCUGCAAAAUGCGUCACCGGAUCGGCAUAGGCUGCUGCUCUUGCUAUUGAUCCCCGCGGUGGUUUUCACACUGCAAUUGCAGUUUAGAUUUUCGGAGGCCGCGUGCGACAAGGUGCGGAACGUGCUGGUCGUUGGCGCGGGGAUCUCAGGUGUCGCCGCGGCGCGACACAUCGCCGUCACCAAUGGCGAGUGCUUCAAGGUCACGGUGCUCGAGGCGCGCAACCGCGUGGGCGGGCGCAUGUGGAGCCGCACGGAGCCCGCGCCUGCAGCGGGCGUCGGCAGCGGCGGCGUGAUUCGCGGCGAGAUGGGCGCGCAGUGGAUCCAAUCAUCAACAGGCAACCCCAUCACGGCCCUUGCGCGCCGAUUCAAGCUCAAUAUCGGCGAGCAGAACGGCGAGGAGAUCCAGUACCGCGCGGGCGGCAAGGCCUACACUGACUUUCAGCUAAAAGUCGCGUCGGCCAAGUACGACUGGGCGUUGAAGCGCGCCAAGCAGAUCGCGAAUAAUCAGGACAACGACAUCUCGAUGGAGAAGGCGUUUCGAGCCGCGGGAAACUUUCUGAACCCGUACAUCCAGUCGCGCGUGGCAGUGGACUUCGAGUUUGAGUACGCGGGCGACCUCUCCACUCUGUCCGCCUGGUACUAUGAGGACGACGCCUUUCAGCCGCCGGAUCUGGUGGUCACCAACGGCUACGAUAACAUCCCCAAGAAGCUCAUGGAGGUGUGUGGCCGGUUGCUGGCUGAGCUCAUCCCUCAUUCCCAUCCCAAUUUUCCUCCCCUCCCCCGCCUCCCUCGUCAGGAGGCCACUGACGCCGGAGCACAGCUGGUGCUCAACUUUGAAGUCACUGCCAUCAUGCGCCUGACCUCGGGAGCAGUACAGAUCACCGGCAAGGACACGAGCACAGGCGCCACCCGCUCGUACACAGGCGACGCUGCCAUCAUCACACUCCCUCUCGGGGUCCUCAAGGCCGGGGUUGUGACCUUCUCUCCCGCGCUCUCUGCGAGAAAGCAAGGCGCCAUAAGGCGCGUUGGGUUCGGAGAUGUCAACAAGGUGUUCUUCUUCUACAACUCCACGUUUUGGCCCACCUGGGCGGACGAGUAUUAUCGAGGAUGCACAGCUUCCAGGAAAUCGCGGGCGGUGGGUUGA